CUAAUUUCUUUUGUUGGGCAGUGCCUGGCCUGGUGUAGACUCCAUUGCUGCUGUGUUGUGCUGAGCUGUGUGGCGUAUUCUUUGUACAUGUACCUCGACAUGAUGCAAAAAGCGACAUGGUUGUAUACACUAAUCUAUGCCAUAUGGCCUUAUUGCUGUGUCAUUGACCUUAUUGCUGAGUCAUUGGCCAUAAUGGUUUUUUUUUAAAGAUGGACUAGAUCCAUGUGAUCAUCAGGUGAAUUUGCAAAGACAAAAUUAAAGUAGGGUCUAGAUGGAUGUGGACAGAACACAGUAUCCAGAAGUCACCAAGUAUUGCAUGCCAUGUCCGCGAGUGCAAAUGCAAUGAGCUGCUACUGUGUGUGAGGCCUAAUGAGUGAGAGACCAGAGUCCAGAGUAGGGAUAGACGACCAAUCUUCAAAUACUGGCAUGCAUAUUGCUGGGUAUACCAGUACUGCAGUUACAUGUAGUAUAGGAAAACGGGAUUCAGGAGUAAUAUGGCUGCACACUCUCGAGGUGCCUCUUCAGGUUCUCAAGAAGCCCUGCACUCUAUGAUAAGUCAGGUCCAAGGCAAAUUAAAGUCUAGUGAGGCAGUCGUAUCUUCUAACAGAAAAGUAAUAUCAUCACUGCAAGAUGAGAAUGCCUCUUUAAGAGAUGAGAAUGUCUCUUUAAGAAAGGAGAAAAAUUCAUGGAAAGAAAAAUUCUCUUCACUUGCAAAAGAAAUGGGGCAGCUGAAGAUAACUCAUGGAAAGGAGAGGCGUGAUCAAGGGGACUAUGCACUGAACGCAAAAGCCAUGUCUGCAUAUCCAGGAGCACAACCUAGAUUUGGUAACUCUGAGCUAUCACCAGCGUCUUCAUCUCCAGAUAUGACUGCACAUUCUGGUGGAGGUUCUGUCCCUGGCAGGAUCAGGGAGCAUGGACCAUUCUGUGCAGAGAUAUUUGAAGGCAAGUUGUCCAAUGUCUCAGAUGUCAAAAAAUUGUUUCAAGAUCUUGCAUCUACCAUUGGUGAGAAGCUAGCUCAGCUUGGUGAAGUACAGAGCAGAGAAACUGAUCUUAAAUUGCUAAUCGGAAACUGUCAAGUCAUCUUCAGGCAUUUAUUGCAAUUCUUUGUUCUUCUUCAAGGAAUUGUCAUAAAUUCUGGAAAGGAUGAUGGAACCACAGUUCCUGCUUGGCUAGAUGUGGCUCUUGAGAAUGAGAGCAACCGGUCUAUCAGGCAACAAGUGUGCAAAAUGUGGAGACUUCUGCAAUGGAACAUUCAUCACUCUCUAAGCAAUAGCAGAAAACGUUCAGCUAAGUCACAAGUGAAGAUUGAUGAAUGGUUUGACCAACAUAUGGAUAUGCUAAAUGUUCCCGAUGACAUGGAAUCGGCAGUAGCUAAUCUCCUAAAAUCCAUGUCCAGGGACUUUGGCGUAGUGGAGGAACAAGUUGUUGAGGGCCUCUCUAUGUCAAUUCCAAUGGAGCCUGAUGAGGUGUCUUCGGGUGUAUCUAGCAGUGAUUCGUCACUGUCCUCCGCAAUCCCAGCGGAAGACCUCUGGAAAUUCAAAAGCCUCCUUCAGAGCCUUGUGGAGAAAAUUGAUAGUGUCUACCAAAAGCUGGGUAAGUCUGGGGAUCUUGAUGGCUUGGAUGACAUGGAGAGGGAUAUGUACCUUCCUCAGAGAGAGGCUCUUGAGAACUAUGAUCUUGGGCACUUGCUAAGGUUGAUGAGCCAUGUGAUUCAGACUCUUAGUCAGGAGGCGAUAUCAAUAAAUGCUGAGAGGGGCCAUUUUCAAAGAAGUGGGCAGGAUAUCAACAUUGAAGCAAAAGGCGACAGAAUCAGUGAUCCUGCAAUACACACUCAAAGGACACAAGGACAAUUACCAACUGGGUUCAAUUCUGCGGGACCAUUUAGUGGUCUAAAGAGCAGAGAGUCAGCUGGCCAGAUACCAGGCGGCAGGUUUCCUCUUAAUCCCAGUUUCACAACGGUGUCAGGUGGUGCAGUGCCCAAGAUGCCAGUAGCAGUUCGGCCAGGCCAAGGGAGAUUUCAAGGGAUUCGUGGUCCGUUGCCUCCAAGACAGCUUACUGUUAUUCAGAAUAGCAAACCCCAUAGCAGGGCAAAGUCAGAUACAAGUCUUUCGCCUCAGCAAAGGAAAGUCAUAGAUCAGUCCUUGGUUUCCAAGCCUAGCAGUCUUGACAGUGUUUUUAAGCAAAACAGUUCGCCCCUUGAUAUCGGUACUUCACCAUCACCUGGAAUAUACAGGCAUCAAUCCGGAGCGCAUCUAUCAGAUGAUGAUGAUGAUUUUCAAGUUCGUGGACCACCGGAUACACCCCCUGAAGUCAGAUCCUUUGAACUUAUGCAGAUGAGUAAAGACAGCAAUGUAUAUUCUCCAGAAUCAUCUGGUAGAACAGACAAAUCGGGUGCAUUCUCAAAGUAUGCAAUGCAGAGUGCGUCUCAGCCUGGAGACGCUGGUGCUCUCUAUGAUGGCCGUUUUCCUUUGAGUCAAGUCCAGCAGUGUACCGGCGACAACAGUGGUACCAUGCAAGACAUGCUGUUACCAUCUUCUGUCCAGUGGAGUACCGUACAGCUCAAGGAUGGCGGCAUGACUUCUCCUACGCUAGGAGACAUGAGUCGGCCCAACACUGCCCAGCGAAGGUCUCAGCAUGUGAACUCCUUCAGUGCCAUACCCCAAGACAGUUUACUCCUCCCCUAUCCUAGGGAUGUUGAAACGGAUGGUUUGGACACAUUGACCAAUGUUCCAAAUGCACCACCUGAAGGGGUGAGAACAUGUCCUGUUUGCAAAUUGAAGUUUCCAGACUAUGUUCCAGUGCAGGCUGUUCAAAGCCAUAUCAAUCUGCAUUUUGAUGAAGGUCCAGGUAGCUUUGAGGUAGUCAAUGAAAAUUAUAACUCACUAAAUAAAUAGGAAGUUCAGAAAAUAACAAAGACCAAAAGACAACAAAAGGAUCGUUCCGUGAAAUGCGUCCCAUAAAGAUAGUUUUAUCCAUAUACGUUUUGUAUUUCAUUCCUGACUGGAAAAUCUCUUGAUGUGAGUAUGACCAAUGGAAAUUACCAGAAAGUACUUAUAUUUCAUUUUAAUGGUCAUAUGAAGAGAUUCUUCAUUUUUGCGAUAAAUAUGAGGGGAAAAUGAAUAUGUUGUAUGGGGGACACAUUGCGCGGAAUCGCCCCACAAUACUUUUGUUCUUGCAUGGAAAAAUAUAUGUAGUACCAGUAGUCAGCACUUUGGAUUCACCUCAAACUUGUAGGUACUUUUUUAUUACUCAGAAUAACGAAUAUUUUAUGUAUUAUUAAGCUAUAUUUAGUCCUUAGGGUGUGUAAAAGACCGUUUGUCCCCUAGGUCCUCUACACAUAUAUUAAAACAUUAUACUUGUAGAAUAUUGUUACAAAAUUAAAAUCUUUAUUUAGAUUUAAUAUAAAGGCUUUAGGAGGUGAAUUUAAAGGUCCACUUAUAUAUAUCUCAUUAUGGGUUUUAGUUCAGUUUGUCCUCCAUACAUCUGAUAAACAUAUCUUUCUAUCUUGCUCUUUACACAUAUUUCUCCUAAACUAAUUUUAAUUGUCUGUUUAUUAUGGUUUAUAGAUUAAAAUUGGUAAAAAGUAAUACAUUCGUUGUAGUUAUAGUGAUGUAACAUCAGAUUGUUUCAUUUUGGGGGUUUGUGGUUGUAAAUGAGCAAGAGACAUUUAGAAGUCUGUUCUUUGUAAUGACAUUAAAUUUAUUUUAAAAAAUUAAAUUAAAAUAAUAAGGUCUUACACCUGCUUGUACAAUUCAAAAUAUACAUGUAGUUUCUUCAUUCAAAUUUUACUAUUAAAGUCACUCCAUAUACAUCUUUUGAGCCCUAUAGAUGGAUACAAGUUUAUAACCUGGAAGAAAGAGAUAUAUUUAUGUUUACAUGAUUUCUUAAAGUGUACUGAUCACCAGAAAUAUAUUGAUAUGUAUAUACCAGGGGUUCUAAGUCAAUAUAUACAUGUACUAUAGUACAAAUACCGUACGAGCAUGAUGUAUCACUGUUAUAAAGAGAUAUUGCGUAUUUAGAUACACUUUCAAUAAACAUUUAAAUACAUUCUAGCUACAAAAUAAUCUUUAUAAGUUUAUUGGUAUACCUACAUGUACAAGAGAUAAUAAUUCUGCAACCAAAGGCCCAUAAACAGGGUCUCAGAUGACAAGAUUGAGUGGUUAUGCCACUUCUUAUUUACUCAGCUUUCAACACCUACAUCUGUUGUUUCUCGAUUUGCCUCGCAUGUAUGAUAAAGAUCAUUGUUGAAAAAAAAGUAAAAGCUUCCAAAUGUAUAAGUAUAAUAUAUUCAGCGCAAAGAUGUAUUUUUUUGUUUUCUCUCAACAUGUUAAAGGAGCUCUAUAAUCUGUUCAUUAUUUUACCUGCCUCUCUCCAUCUAUCACCCUCAUGCUACUUAUUAUUCUACAUGUACAUUUAUGUGUUCAAAUGUUAUAUUGAUGUUUAAUGAAUAUGAAAAGUAUUUUUUCGAAAAUUGGAUUAAAGUAAAUCAAAAUUACAUGCAAGUACACCCAUGCAACUCUACCAUCUGCUUGAUCCCACACCUUAUUCUGGUAUAAGAGUUCCCAAAUAGACGCAAUUAUCUGGUAUCUGUAAUAGCUAGUACACAAAACAAAAUUAAACUAUAUAAACACACAAUACCCUCCAAGACCUACUUAUUGUUUGUGUUUGAUUGAUUUGAGGGUUUGUUUUAACUGACCGCCAGAAAUGCAUUGGUACGCUUGUAACUAAGCAACCAGGGGACCGAAAACUUUAAAGUGAAAUCGAACCUUAAUAUCGUAUAACUCUUUAAAGAAAGCCGAAAAAUGAGAGAAGCAGACUAGUGAAAGUUUGAAUAAAAUCUGACAAAAGAUAA